AUGUAUAAUAACUUGGCUAAACUGGCAGAAAUUCUAAAUGCACUUUCGUGCAUGUAUCAGAUCAUCAUUCCACAUGGACCACCAGAGAACCCAAUGCCCAUGGAUCCAUUCUUUCCUCUGCACUUUAUGCUUGGACUUCAUAUGAAGCCGCACAUGGAAGAGCUUCCUGAACCCUUCGGAAUACACGGACAUGCUCCUCCACAUGAUGAUGAUGAACAGUCUGAACAGAAGCUUCCUCCUUAUCAUCCUGACGGUCCUCCAAAAGGGCCAAAGAUGGGCAAUUCCAAGCAAAGUGCUCAAGUCAUCAACAAUUACUUCAUUUUUGCGAAGGAAUUAAAGAAGUUAUUCGACGUCAAAAAUGGAGCUUUGCCGUGGAGUCCACCAGCUGAAUCUAUAAAACGAGAGAUGUUUGAGCAUGGGAAGGAAUCCAAAUUGCCUGAGGGAUUGCUUCCCCAACAACCGCCAAAUUUACCUGGAACUGCUACCCCUGUUAUAGAGGACAAGGAGGAAUCUUCGAAGGAACCUCAGCCCCUUGUUGUUAAAACAACUUUGACUCCUGACAUUGUAAGGUAG